AUGUCCAUAUGCAGUCUCGCAAAGGCCAAAUCCUGUGUCGUAAAGGCAUUCAGCGGAUGGAACAUGGUUUCCUAUAACAGAUAUAAAGCAUGCUUUCAAAGGAUCACCCAUCAUCGUUGA